CUGUUGGGGGGGGCGGCUGGUGCAGUGGCGGCUGCUCCAGGGGCGGCUGCUGCAGUGGCGGCUGCUCCAGGGGCGGCUGCUGCAGCGGUGGCUGCUCCAGGGGCGGCUGCUGCAGUGGCGGCUGCUCCAGGGGCGGCUGCUGCACUGGCGGCUGCUCCAGGGGCGGCUGCUGCACUGGCGGCUGCUCCAGGGGCGGCUGCUGCAGCGGCGGCUGCUCCAGGGGCGGCUGCUGCAGCGGCGGCUGCUCCAGGGGCGGCUGCUGCAGCGGCGGCUGCUCCAGGGGCGGCUGCUGCAGCGGCGGCUGCUCCAGGGGCGGCUGCUGCAGCGGCGGCUGCUCCAGGGGCGGCUGCUGCAGCGGCGGCUGCUCCAGGGGCGGCUGCUGCAGCGGCGGCUGCUCCAGGGGCGGCUGCUGCAGCGGCGGCUGCUCCAGGGGCGGCCGCUGCAGCGGCGGCUGCUCCAGGGGCGGCCGCUGCAGCGGCGGCUGCUCCAGGGGCGGCCGCUGCAGUGGCGGCUGCUCCAGGGGCGGCCGCUGCAGUGGCGGCUGCUCCAGGGGCGGCCGCUUGCAGUGGCGGCUGCUCCAGAGGCGGCCUGCUGCAGUGGCGGCUGCUCCAGAGGCGGCUGCUGCAGUGGCGGCUGCUCCAGGGGCGGCUGCUGCAGUGGCGGCUGGUUCCAGGGGCGGCUGCUGCAGUGGCGGCUGCUCCAGGGGCGGCUGCUGCAGUGGCGGCUGCUCCAGGGGCGGCUGCUGGAGUGGUGGCUGCUCCAGGGGCGGCUCGGCUGCUGGGCGACUCGGCGGCUCAGGUGUUGGGUGGCUCGGCGGCUCGGCUGCCCGCUAGGGGCAGCGACGGGGCCGGGUAG